ACCGAAUCGACCUCAGGCACGGCGGUGGGUGAGGCCCGGCGCGAGGGCGAUAGCACUUUUGGCGUUUUCCGAGGCGAUUCCUGCGCUUGGACUUUGCCUGCUGGGGGAGUUUUUCGAACAGCCCCGCAGCCCAGCGCCCAGCGGAGGUGCAGCAGCUGCGGCGCACCCCCGCCCCCCGCCCUUGCACGUGACUCCCACCGGCCAGUCAGCGCCGGCGAGCAAGAGCACAGGGACGAAGGGACCCGCGCUGCGAGCUGGGGGACUUGGAGGCGGCCGGCACAGUGGCCGCGAGAGGCUCUGCCGCCGCCGAAGCUCCCGGGGCGCCCAGGGGAGCGCGCGCCGGCCCUCCAGGAAGCUCCAGCCCCGGCAGUUUCAGAACUUUCCAAUGCUUCAGUUCCCUCUUGUAAAAAUGAGAAGAGACCCGUUUCCUUAGUGGAGUUGUGGAGAAGAGGAUCUGGAACAGAGCAGGACCGCGGCUGCAGCGAGGAGGAAAGGAGCCGGCCCGGCCCUGGGCACUGGAGCCAGCGCGCCGCCCCCUGCGCCCGAGGCCGCGCGGGGCCUGAAGACGGCGCGCCCCGGUCGCCCCGGUGGGACCCACGGGCACCACGCGCGUCUGCUGCCACUCGUGCGCGCUCGGGACCUCCGGGCCCUGGGGUGGACACGGCCCCUCCGCCACCACCUCUGGGAACAACCGAAAAUUCAGUCUGGGAUUUUCCUGAGUACACAAGAGCCUAGAGUCUUUGCUCAAUGCUGGAUUUCAUGCGUAUAUAUUUUCAAGGGAUUUGUUUUUCUACCUUUGGUUUUUGAUCUUCGUUUUUUGUGACAGCCCCUCAGCUGUACAUUAUUAUUGUUGUUGUUGUUAUUUUCUCUUCCCGCUUUGCUCCUUGCCCCGCAAGUGAGCGAGAGGACUCGGAAGCUGAGAGCUCGCAGGGGCGAUGUACCAGAGCCUGGCCAUGGCCGCCAACCACGGCCCCCCGCCCGGGGCCUACGAGGCGGGCGGCGCGGGCGCCUUCAUGCACGGCGCGGGCGCGGCCUCCUCGCCGGUCUACGUGCCCACGCCGCGGGUGCCCUCCUCGGUGCUGGGCCUCUCCUACCUCCAGGGCGGAGGCGGGGCCGCCGCGUCCGGAGCCGCCUCGGGCGGCAGCUCGGGUGCGGCCCCGUCGGGUGCCGGGCCCGGGACCCAGCAGGGCAGCCCGGGCUGGAGCCAGGCGGGAGCCGAGGGAGCCGCCUACACCCCGCCGCCCGUGUCGCCGCGCUUCUCCUUCCCGGGAACCACCGGGUCCCUGGCAGCUGCCGCCGCCGCCGCCGCGGCCCGGGAAGCCGCGGCCUACAGCAGUGGCGGCGGGGCGGCGGGCACGGGCCUCGCCGGCCGCGAGCAGUACGGGCGGGCCGGCUUCGCGGGCUCCUACUCCAGCCCCUACCCGGCCUACAUGGCCGACGUGGGCGCGUCCUGGGCCGCGGCCGCCGCCGCCUCCGCCGGUCCCUUCGACAGCCCGGUCCUCCACAGCCUGCCCGGCCGGGCCAACCCCGCCGCCCGACACCCCAAUCUCGUAGAUAUGUUUGACGACUUCUCAGAAGGCAGAGAGUGUGUCAACUGUGGGGCCAUGUCCACCCCACUCUGGAGGCGGGACGGGACAGGGCACUAUCUGUGCAAUGCCUGCGGCCUCUACCACAAGAUGAAUGGGAUCAACCGGCCCCUCAUCAAGCCCCAGCGCCGACUGUCCGCCUCCCGCCGAGUGGGCCUCUCCUGUGCCAACUGCCAGACCACCACCACCACGCUGUGGCGCCGCAACGCCGAGGGUGAGCCCGUGUGCAACGCCUGCGGCCUCUACAUGAAGCUCCACGGCGUCCCCAGGCCUCUUGCGAUGCGGAAAGAGGGGAUUCAAACCAGAAAACGGAAGCCAAAGAACCUUAAUAAAUCUAAGACACCAGCAGGUCCCUCGGGCAGUGAGAGCCUUCCUCCCACCAGCAGCGCGUCCAACAACUCCAGUAACGUGGCUACCAGCAGCAGUGAAGAGAUGCGCCCCAUUAAGACAGAGCCCGGGCUGUCGUCCCACUAUGGGCACAGCAGCUCUAUGUCCCAGACGUUCUCGGUCAGUGCGAUGUCUGGCCACGGGCCCUCCAUCCACCCGGUCCUCUCAGCCCUGAAGCUCUCCCCACAAGGCUACGCGUCUUCUGUCAGCCAGUCACCGCAGGCCAGCUCCAAGCAGGACCCUUGGAACAGCCUGGCCUUGGCUGACAGUCAUGGGGACAUAAUCACCGCGUAAUGACACCUCCUUCCCUCCUCAGAUUCCUGCACAGACUUGGGACUUGGAGGAGAGCAGAGACGAGGCUCGGGGCUCCCGGGGGCCGGCCUGCUCUGUCUGGGAAUGACUCCACAAGAACAACUGGGAAGAAACUUGAAGUCGACGAUUUGGUUAGGGGAGGUGGGUGUUGGAUUUUAUUGGAGACCUUUCAAGGUGGGGAACUGGAAAGAGCCCAGACUCUGAUCCAGAAGAGCCCACCCUUCACUACGAGCACACAUAAGUCCCUUCCGUGGAGUUAGAGAUUUCUUUCUUGUUUUCUGCCCUGUCCUGCCCCGCCCCACCCCACCCCCGACAAGAGAGGAGAUGUCCUCCUCUUUCCAUGGUGUUCCCAGCACAGGGAGCUGAGGGCGGGGGGGAGGGGGCAGGGCGCUGGGACCCCUGCUCCAGCCUGAACCAGGGCAUCUGACUGAGGAGCAUUUGGAUGUGACAGGCCCCAUCCCAGGCAGCUCCUGCCCUUGCCGAACACUCCCCUCCAGGCUCGGCACCCCCUGCAUCCCUCAAUACCGAAUCUUGACUCCAAAAACACUGGGUGUAGCGCUGACGUUACUGACUGCUUUGUGGGGAGAUGGAGGAGAGGGCCGCUUCACCUGCCACACGGUAUGACUUCGACAAAAUGGCACCUUGGCAACUUCGCCUUCCCUCAAGUUCCUUUCCCUGGCUAAUGGCCUCAUCCUUUGCUCCUUCUCUGCACCACCAAGGCCUCUGAAAAUAAAAAUCCCUUCCAGUGCUCUGAAUGAUUCAGCUCUGCCUUCAGCUUGACCAUUUCUCCCUCAGCAAAACGAGAGUUCAGCAGUUUAGCCAAACAUCAGCCCCUACAAGUCUGCCUCUCAGAAUCCUUCAUCUACCCCAUCACAUACACGGGGUUCUGAAUAAGAACAAAAAAGCUUCUGCUGCUACAGCAAGUUUGACGAACACUCAUCUAAGACUUGAGAUCCUUCUGGAGAGGAUGUCUGGUGGACACUGGCCCCGGGGCUGGGGCCAGGACUGUGGGGUGGCAGGGGGUCUUCCAUGCAUUCUGCUUGCUUGCACUUGGAUCUUGCUGACGCUGAUGUUCUGCAGAGAUGUGCCUCUUGGUCAGAUAGCAGGCCAAGUCCGUCCAAGGAGCACGUAGUGCCCGCACCUGUGUCCUUUCUCCAGCAGAAGUCUUUUGUCCAGGGGGUGAAGAGCCAAGGAUUUUGUAACAUAAAUUCAAGGCAAACAAACACAACAAAACAAAACUCAUGGAAAGAGAGACGACAACCGAUAAGAAAAGACAACUGAGGCUGGGCCCUGAGUGCUGUCCAGCUCCAUGCUGUUCUAGAGUUGGCCUUCUCUCCACGUUGCUGUUUCUGCCCAUGAUGCUGGGGCUCACAAAGACUCCUCUUUCUGUGUCCUCUUUCUCAACAGAGCUGUAGCUGACUGUGGCCUUUCUGUGUCCUACCCCCAACACCCAGUCCCCCACCCAAAAAUCCUAGUGGCUGUAGCAGAGAAUAUCUUUAAACCAAGAUUCUGUUUUAAUCAUUAUUUACAUUGCUUUCUUCCAUGAAGGGCACCCUCAUAUACCUUCCCUGACCCACAAACCUGUUAACAUUGUCUUAAGGUGAAAUGGCUGUAAAAUCAGUAUUUAACUAAUAAAUUUAUCUGUACUCCUUUC